GUUGUCCAACAAUCAAUGUAACGUGCAAUACUUGAGCAAAGCAUAACCAGUUUGUCAAACAAACACAGAGCUUCUCUCCUCUGUUCUCCUUCUCUGUUCCAUUGCUAGCAAAAUAAUCAACAACAACAACCGUCACCAUCGACGACCACGCCUCCGACUCCUUCUCCCGCAGCGAGGCCUUCCUCGCCGUCGAGGCCUAUCUCAGCGCCUCCCCCUGCGCCGCCCGCGCCCGCCGCCUCCGCGCCGACCGCAUGGCCCUCGCCGUCGACGACCACGAGGAGGUCGCCGACGACUUCCGCGGCGCAACCAUGUGGUGGCGCAAGUCCAAGGCCAUCCCCCGCGCCAACGUCAUCAGCUGGGCCCCGCGCCAGGACGAGCGCCGCAGCUACCACCUCACCUUCCACCGCCGCCACCGCGCCCUCGUCGAGGCCGACUACUUCCCCCACGUCCUCGCCGAGGGCCGCGCCGUCACCGUCCGCAACCGCCAGCGCCGCCUCUUCACCAACAACCCCGGCGCCGACUGGUCCGGCUACGACGACGCCCGCGUCUGGAGCCACGUCAAGCUGGAGCACCCCUCCACAUUCGCCACGCUCGCCAUGGACCCCGUCCGGAAGCAGGAGAUCAUCGACGACCUCGACAUGUUCCGCGACGGCAAGGACUACGCCUCCGUCGGCAAGGCAUGGAAGCGCGGCUACCUGCUGUUCGGGCCACCCGGCACCGGCAAGUCCACCAUGAUCGCCGCCAUGGCAAACUUCCUAGACUACGACGUCUACGACCUCGAGCUCACGGCCGUCGAGAGCAACACCGAGCUACGGAGGCUGUUCAUCGAGACCACCGGAAAGUCGAUCAUCGUCAUCGAGGACAUUGACUGCUCCAUCGAUCUCACCGGCAAGCGCAAGAAGAAGAAAAAGGACAAGAAGAAGAAGAAGAUGAUGCCGCCAUCGGACGACGAUGACGAGGAGAAGAAGGUGACGCUGUCGGGGCUGCUCAACUUCAUCGAUGGGCUGUGGUCGGCGUGCGGCGGCGAGCGGAUCAUCAUCUUCACGACCAACCACAAGGAGAAGCUGGACCCGGCGCUGAUCCGGCGGGGCAGGAUGGACAUGCACAUCGAGAUGUCCUACUGCUGCUUCGAGUCGUUCAAAGUGCUGGCCAAGAACUACCUGGGCGUGGAGCAGCACGAGAUGUUCGGCGAGAUACGGCAGCUUUUGGAGGAGGCGGACAUGUCGCCGGCGGACGUGGCGGAGAACCUGAUGCCGAGGUCCAAGACAAAAGACGUGGACGCCUGCCUGGAGAGGUUGGUGAAGGCGCUCCACGAGGCCAAGGAGACCAAAGCAGCAGGCGGAAACGACGACGACGAUGAGUCUUCCAGUUCCAGCGACGAUUCUGAUUCUAGUUCUGACUCUGAAGAACAAGACAAACUAGCAGUAGUAACAAAACUAGAUUUCAGUUUGGCCCAGCCAAACUAUAUCAUCUGAUAUUGGACUUGUUUAUAUGUACACUCUAUGUGUUGGAGCUGGGCUGUUUGUCUUAUGUUUGGUUGUGGA